GUUUGAAUCAUCCUACUUGUCUCUUAUUAAACUCUCGCCCAGGAGUAAAUAUCAGGUCUGUUUAAAAGUUAUGAAGCUCACAAGCGUAAUGGUGGGCGUGUGGGCGUGUCUGUUGCUCUUGUACGGAGAAGGGAAUGCCUCUCCCUGCUGUGGUGUGGGCGUCGCAGCAGUUGGCGCUUUAGCCUUUACUGGGGGUGUGCUGGCAGCGAAACACCACCAUCACCACCACGGGGGCUGCCACUCCUGCGGCUGUGGUGGCUGUGGCGGGUCUUGCGGUUGGUGUGGUGGAAACUACUACGGCAAGAGGCGUCGUAGGAGUCUCCUCAAUUUCUUAGAAAACGCAGAAAUCCAACAAGUCUACGACAAGAUCGCGGCAGAAGACAAGGACCAGUGUGGGUUGAGACUGGUGUGUGAGCUGGCCCAGAGAGACCCUCGCACUCUAGCUCAAGAUGAGAUCCAGAUCCUCCUGCCGUACCGCGGCGCGGGUGAGAGUGACGGCACUAUCUAUGGGGACUAUGAUGAGGCAGCGUGGCACGGUCAGGAGGGACACCCCUGCCCCACCAACUACCCGCUCUGUGCCUUCACCGCUCACCAGGUUAUGGACGAGUACCGCAAAUACGUGACUAAUAAUGGCAACUUUACAUUAAAUCAUUUCUUGUAAAAUAUUUAUCCUUAAACGACAUUUCCAGCCGGAAAAGUUUCGUGAAGAUGCCAAGAAACUAAAUAAAUGUAAUGCCCCAACUGUAAAUUAAAAUGUAAAAUAAUC